CAUGCUAUGUCGUUUCAUUUGCACACUACUCACUACUGCUUUGAUUUCAGAAAAAAUAAUCGUCAAUGGUCAAAUACGUGAACGACCAAAAAGGAAUCUCGACGAAAAUUUCAACAUAUUACUAAAUCUUUACAAAGUAAAACCAAUGAAAUAUUCAAAUGUAUUCAAAACUUUCUCUGAUAGUAUGCUGCUGCCGAAUAGAAGUGACCGCAACGUCCUGACUUUCAAUUCGAAGGAAUACAUAUAUACGGACAAAAGCGAAAAUAACAACACAGCACUUAAAUACCUAGAAGAACAAAUUCACGUGUCCCGCAACCCAGUUACAACAAGAAAUCUGGAAACGAUAGAACCACCUAACUACAAAACACCGUUAAAAUUUGAAACCAAAUUCCCAUAUAGAUUAUUCAUGGAUUUGGUAAGCAGUACUGAGGCGAAAAACAUAGAGGAAGAACAGAAUAUACAAACCAAAAAAAAAACUGAAGACAAGAGUUAUAGGAGUAAUGUUAAAACAUAUUUUGUCCCAGACACAACAUACAACAGAAAUAAUAAUGAUAACGAAUUCUUUGAUGGUCAGUGGGAAGCACAUUUAGAAAACGGGAAACAAAAACAUUACAAUAGUAAUAAAAACGAGAAACAAAAUAAAUUCAAUAUUACUACAACAAUACCUGUGAAUUUCACAGUUUCAACAGAUAAACAAGAUUUACAUUUUUAUGACGAUCCUAUUAACAGAAUAGAAGAAAUAAGUAAAGACGAUGACAGUGUCUUAGUGAUUCGAUAAGAUAUUUAUUAUACCGUUUUUAAGAAAGAAUAAAUGGUAUUAAACUUUCACGUUAGCAAGACUCAGAGAACUUUUUUUUUUACU